AUGCCCGGAGACCUGCCCUGGCUCAACCUCUCCAGCCGCCCGGCGGCGCUGGGCAACGCGUGCGCGGCCGGCGCUGGGCAGCUGCUUCAGCACCGCGGCCAGUUCUCCGCCGGCCUCUCGGUGCUGCUGGCCGCGCUCAUGGGGCUGCUGGUGGUGGCCACCGUGCUGGGCAACGCGCUGGUCAUCCUGGCCUUCGUGGUGGACCGCAGCCUCCGCACGCAGGGCAACUUCUUCUUCCUCAACCUGGCCCUCGCCGACCUGCUGGUGGGCGGCUUCUGCAUCCCGCUCUACAUCCCCUACGUGCUGACGGGCGAGUGGAAGUUGGGCAAGGGCUUGUGCAAGCUGUGGCUGGUGGUGGAUUACCUGGUGUGCACCGCCUCCGUCUUCAACAUCGUCCUGAUCAGCUUCGACAGAUUCAUUUCGGUUACCAAAGCGGUGAGUUACAGAGCUCAGAAGGGGAUGACUAGAAAUGCAGUAUCAAAGAUGAUAAUCGUAUGGAUUGCAGCUUUUCUUCUCUAUGGACCAGCCAUCAUCAGUUGGGAGUAUAUUGCUCAAAAAACUAUUCUUCCUGAAGGAGAGUGCUAUGCUGAAUUUUUCUACAAUUGGUAUUUCCUAAUGAUUGCUUCCACUAUUGAAUUCUUUACACCUUUCAUUAGCGUUACAUACUUUAACUUAAGCAUUUACAUCAACAUCAAGAAGCGCACUCCCAUGAGAAAUGAAAACCUAGCACCUGGUCAAGAGGACUGUGAAACAAGUUUCCAAGGGAAAAAAAGAGAGCAUGUAGUAUUUUUCGUAAAACCUGACAGACAGAGAGCUAAGAAAAGGAGAGCUAGUAGCCUUUCACCUACUAGACCCUGCGGUUCAAGGCUCAGCCUAUGUAAACUUGAUAACCAGUCCCUAGAUUUUAAUGUUGGUCAAGAUUUACCACCCUUACAGGUGGAUGUUGAGACCAAACAACCCAGGGGUAGUUUUUAUAAAGCUAUAGAAAAUGUUUGCACCACCACAAGAAGAACAGACAUUGCCAACAGUAUGGCAAACAGAGUUAGACUUUCCCGGGACAAACGAGUAGCCAAGUCUUUAGCAAUUAUUGUCUGUGUGUUUGGUUUGUGUUGGGCUCCUUAUACACUUCUGAUGAUCAUUAGAGCAGCUUGUCAUGGGCAAUGUGUGCAUCAUUCUCUCUAUGAGACUUCAUUUUGGCUUCUGUGGCUGAACUCAGCCAUUAACCCUGUUUUAUACCCACUGUGCCACAUGAGCUUCAGAAAAGCUUUUAUAAAACUGCUGUGUCCUGGUAAGGCUAAAAUUCAUCCCCACAUUUUUAUGUAAAAAAGUAUAAGGAAAACAAGAAUGUUAUGUAGAAACACUACUUGCUUCUAAAAGGAACCUACUGGCGCUGCUUUGGUUUAGGUCUGUGAAUUAGGACUACCCCUGGUUACUUUAAGUCAUGGUAGGCUUAGGAGAAUUUAAGAUUAAUUCAAAUAUAAAUCUCUCUCUGAUUUAUUUGUAACAGUGCAAUGCUAAUGCAUCACAACCAGAAAGUGGCCCUAGCUAGUUUGUUUUCAUUCAAAGCAGAAUGACAUGCAAAAAGGCAAACAGCAUUCCUAUGAAAAAAAGUAAAGUUUGCAAAGUCUUUCACCUUUAAUUUCAGGUGUUAACAGAAUAGGAUUUUUCUUAAUAUGAUCUGUAACCUGAUAAAAUUCCCUUUAAUUACUUUGCAAUGAUAAAGUGUAGACAACAUUUGCAGGCCACAAAAAUACAGAGUACAGAAAGUAAAAAUACUGCAAAAAUUGAAGUAAGUUAAAAUAGAGUUUAGUUUGAAAAGAUGUAUUUUUCAGAAGGAAGAAACUGAUUAGAUUUACAGUAUUUUUAUCCAUCCACUGAUUUAUCCCUCCAUUAAAAUAACCAAAAUGUACAGAGAAAGUUUAAGAAAACAUAAGCUAUGUGUGGAUUUAUCAAUGUGUAAGCAAUAUUGCACCAAAUUACUGUAUAUACAUCAUAAACAACGCUACGUUAAGGACCUAGUUCAAAAUUCACUAAAGCUAAUUGAAUCUCCCUUGGCUUAAGCGAGUUUCGGAUACAGGCCCAAGUAUCUGUGUGUGUUCUUAUAUAGAAUAGCACACCAUCGUACCCUUGCUUGUGUAUAAUGCCAUACCUAAAAAACAGCAGCCUACCUAUGUAUAUCUAUAAAACAGAGUUAAAACUAAGUGAAGAUAGAACGAUCGCGAAUGAAUAAAAUGCAUCUGGUAAGUAAGGGGAAGGUUUAACAGUUAAACACUGGAUGGAUAUAUAUAGAAAUGAGUACUACUCUAAAUAUGAAUGUUGAUGUGGCUUAUUAUUGGGCUAUUGAGAGAAGAGAUUAAUAGAAGGAAGAAAAAUGUGGGCUAAGAGUCUAAUUUUAGUUUUUCUAUUACUCUUGUUAGCAGUGUGUUAGUACAGAGUCCAGCAUAAUGUCAAUGGGCAUUAGGGUCAAAGUUGCAGAGAAAUAUAAACGUGCUCCAAUUAUGUGUGGUAGCAUAACUGUAUAUAUUUAGCCUAAAGGCAUCUCUUUAAAUCUAUGAACAGUGCUUAAGGUGAUACUAAAUGUUUUUAUGAAUCUCACUAUCCACAAUCAUUGUCUCAAAUAAAAAUCAAUAUUAGACUAGACUAAAAUUGAUUUCCUGCUACUGGAACAUUUUAAGUCAAUGAAAAUAUUCGUAGACAGAUAUUGGUUGAAAUUAAUUUUUAAAAACACUCAAGUCUUUCAAAGCCUAAUUAUAUACAGCCAGAUCAGACACAGUCAGUGAAAAUCCAGGGAAACACCCCAAAAUAAAACAAAGUAAAAAAAUACAAACAUCCAGUCUGAAUCUUUCAAAAUGUUUUACCUUUUUUAAAUACAGUAUCCAGUGGCCCAUCAGAAAGUUACUGUUAAGUGAAAAUAUUGAUACAUUAGGCCCAAUACAAAUCCUUACUAGUCUUUUACUCAAGUCCACCCUCAUCUCAUCCAGCGAAGACUGUUCUCCCCAGAGUCUCUACCCUGGCAGGGCUUAGGAGAGGGCAAUAGGACAGAAAGACAUUGAAAAGAAUCUCCCCCUUUCUCACAUAUUCAUAAGGGAUACACUACCAGUCAAGCACUUAUGUUAUUUGGAGCAAAUCCUGUCCCUAGAAAACAGCUACGCUGUGCACUGAGACAGGUAGGGGAGAGAGAAUAACCACUCCAUAACCAGUGAGAUAGUUGCGUAGCUCAUCUAGAUAAUACUUUGUCCUGCCAUGAGAGCAGGGGAUUCCCUUCCAGGCCUAUGAAGUAUCAGUCCCACUACUCUUGCCCUCCUAAACCUAUCUGUGCAGUGAAAUGCAAGAAGCACCCACUGAAGACAGAUCCACAGCAUGCUCCCACCAGAAAGAUACUGCAGUGGUUCUGCUGUGUUCAGGUGUGUCUGCGUUAAUUUGAGAGGUGAAAGCAGUAUUUGGCUUUUUACCUCUUCAGUUCUCUCAUCUUUCUUCCCGAUCUCAACAGGGAGAGUCAAAUCUUGCUGGACACACUGAAUGCCAAAAAGCACAUCAUCUACACUUCAAGCACACUGAUCUGAGCAGUGGAACUCAUGAAAGGUGCAGUUUCUUAGCUUGCAGGUGAAUGUUCCCCCAUGAGCUUCCUCUGUGUUGUUUUGCAACUACUGCCCCACUGACAAACUGGAAAAAAAAAGAAAAAACACAGUUGGUGAACAGCACUAUUCAUAUUUGUCCAUCACCAUAGCAGACAUACAUGUUAAUCAGCUGUUAUGACCCAUCUUGUAUUAUAUGCAGACUGUGAACCACUAUUUUUGAAAUCUGUUACUUUGUAAAAACUUCCAUUAAAAAAUAAGUUUACUGUAAAUGAAUUGUCUAAAUCUUAAAAUAGCGUACUUACUUAAUACUUAUAGCAGCAGCCUGGCUUCAGCAUACAUGGUUCCUUAGGAGACAGAAGCUGAUAUGGUAAAAUGAACCUACUCCCAAGACUUUGUUAAUUGUGCUCUCCCUUGGAUAUGCUUCAUGAAGAUGUAGCAGAUGGGCCUUUAGGACUCCUAUGAGCAGGACAGGGGGUCUGUACUAUAAAACAACAGGCGGUGCUUAUUUCUUAGCUCCACACCACCACCACAAACUCUUACUAUAAAAAGAUGACUCUCUAAAUGUUUUAGAAUAGCGAUUCGCUAGAGCUACAGAUAGAAGCAAUGUUCACACCUUUCUAGCAUAAUAGUUUGUAGACAGACUUCUUGGAAGACCAAAAGAUGCCAAAAAGUAAACUUUUCCACAGAGGGCACAACUGAUGACUUGUAAUCAGUGCAGCUCUUGCAGAUAUUGAGGCAUAGCAUAAGGUAUCCUUUCCAGAGUUUAUUAUACAUUUAAUAAAGACACUCCUCACCAUAGCACAGAAUCUGCAGUAUCGAACCAGUUGCCUGGAUCACCAGAGAUUUCUAGGUGUUCUCCCACCAGCAUCAGCAUGUCAACACAGACUUCUAUACUCAUUGCCCACAUGGGUCUACUGCUGCUAUUUGUACAAGGCUAAUAAAACAGUUUUUGGUAGGUGCUGGGGUUGACUGUUAGUCCUUAAAUUGAGUUAGGACCAGGUAGACGACAGAUAUUUUAAUGGAAUUCCCUUGCAGAAUGAGACCACCAGUUUCUUACACAGACUGACUUUAGCAGCUGGCCCAGUAACCAGUUUUGUAAGCCUCCUCCACCUACUUUUAUUUUCCUCACCCCUUAAUAGAUGGGGUGUUUUGGCUGAAGGCUUUCUAGUGGGGUAUUUUAUUGUAUGACAGAUCUCACAAUAGGCAUUCUCUAAACUAAAAAAUAUAUACAAUUUCAGCCAUAUGUUGAUAAUAAAUGUGUGGUAGUGUUUCUUGGCUGAAUUCUGAUAUUAGGUAGCCAUUUUAUAAUCCUGUCAUCUGCAUUCAUUGGAACACCAGUGUACACUCUCCCCAUUAGUUUGAGUUAAAUGC